AUGAAUAUCAGACAAUUAGAUAAUAUUGUUUCUUGGUUACUCUAAAAAUUUAAAUAUGCUCCUUAUCGAUGGAAUGAACAGCAAGUUCAUUAUUUUUGUGAGUUUGUUGGAUUAACUUGGGCAAUUCCAAUUGUCACAGUAAAUCAACAAUAAUUGAUUUUAGAUUCAAACCAUUCCCAAAUAAAGAUCAUAAAACUACUAAUAGGAAGUGCCAACUGAUGGAUAAAAGUUUCAAAUUCCUUUACUCGAUAUUUGUACUAAGCAAUAUGAACAGAUUUUAGAAGUAUGCACCUCCUAAAGUUUAUUCAAGAUGAUUAGUCAUUCAAUCGACAUAAAUCUUUACUAUUAGAUAUAAAAAUUAAAGAUUUGGUCUCUUAUAUUGUUGAAAUAUCAGAAUUAUAGAGAAAUUUUGAAAAAGCUUUAUGGAUCAAAAUUAUUUUUUUAAUAAAAAUGCAAAACUUGUACAGCAGAAAUAAGUUGCUCGUGCUCAGUUCUAUCUAAUAUCAUAUAUGAAAUAGAGAUCUAUAUUAAAAGUAUAUAUGAAAUGAAAAGCCUCUAAAAUCAUAAUAGAAAAUCAUCCAUGUUUAUUAGUUCAGAUAUUAUAAAUCUUUUGUUAAAAUCCAUAUCUCAUUUACCUUAAAUUGAUUAAACACCUUUGUUUUGGGAUAUGGAUGACAUCAAAGCCUUAUUGUAUGUAAUCAAAUUUCAAGAUUAUUACUAACUUCUUUAUUAGAAUUAGAUAGAUGGAUUUGUGUUGCUAUUGUUAGUGAAUCCUCCUUUUAAAGGUGAGGAUUUAUUUCUUAAAUGCUUACUUUUAAGUUAGGAAGGCUCUCAAAAGUCAUAAAAUAAUUUAGUACGUAAUAGAUCAAGCAUGGUGAGAAAUACUAUGUAGACAGCAAGUAAGUACCAUUAAAUAAAUUAAUUGGUUAAUCUACUGCAUUAUUUGUUGUAAAUAUUGAGUUUUACGGCAUAUAAAAAUCAAGAGUCUUAUAAUGAGUAUAGAAAUAUUGGAUAGAGAAAAGUGAGUGAGAUGAAGUGGCUAUCUUUAUACUAUUUUUCAAAAGCAGCCAGAACAUUAUAAUUAAAUAGAAGUAUUUCAUUGCUCGGUGAAACCAGAAGCUCAUCAAAGUCUCUUGAACAUAGAUUAUAAUAGUCAAAUAUGUAAAGGCAUAAAACAGAAAUGAUAGAUAUUAAGAUGAUGGUGAUUGAAGAAAAUCUAGAUGCUAAUAAAAAAAAAUAGUUUAGUCAUCCUAACGUUACUUAAUCUGCCAAAUCCUCUCCGCAAUCCUAAAGAAAUAAUUAGUGGAUGCAACUUAAGAAUUAUAAUACAAAAAAAAGUAUUACAGGAAAUUAGGUUAAUAAUGAUUUAAAAGAGUCAGUCUUGAUGUAUUAUUUGAAAUAUAUUAAUUAGUUAGGAUUAAGAUUAAGAUUACAUUGACGAGCAAGACAGAGAUCUAUAAUAUACAGAAACCAAUGUUUAAAUAGAAGAGGACAUGGAGUCGAUUGAAAAUGUUAAUUAAUCUUAGGAAGAACAAACUCAAUAAUUGACAAAUCAGGAGGAAUAUAUUGGAUAGAAUGAGCAGAUGUAAUAAUCUGUUCUUAUGAUUUAAUCGGUAAUAUAAUAGUAUUUAUUAUUUUAUAGUAAUAUUUACAAUAGUAAUAACAAUAAUAAUAAUAAUAAUAAUCACAGAUAAUGUAAGAAUCUGUAUUUAUGGGACAAUCUGCUUUGUUACAAUAAUCAACAAUAUUGUAACAAUCUUAACUCUUACAACAAUCACAAAUAUUAAAUAAAUCAAUUCAAAUUAACUAGAUUAUUGAGGAAUAGGAUCAUAAAAGAGUAGAGUACUUAUAGUAUUAUAAAUAAUUAGAUACAACAGCCAUAAUCUUUCAAAGAAUAAAUUUUAUAAAGAUUAUAAGUGUUAAGUUUAACACCAAUUUUUGAUCCAUUUUAAUUGUUUUAAUCAACUCAUUUGAAAUUAAAAUGUGAUGAAUAAUAAAAGGUAUUGAAUUGAAUAAAUAAAUCUCUCAUAGCUUAAGAUAGUGAAUAUCUAAGGUGCCUAUUUUGGUAGAAGUGAUGAAUGUACCUUUGCAUUUACUGAUCAUUCGAAAAUUAGUAGUAAACAUUGCCAAAUAUUCUAUAAAGACAGUAUUUAAACUUUUAAAUCUUCUUAGAAGCUUUUUACUUACUGGAUGUAGGAUCAAAAGGAGGAACCUUUAUUAAAAUAAAUCAUAACUUUGUGAUAGAAAAAAACAUGUCAUUUUAUAUAGGAAAUAGAUUUGCAUUUAAAAUAUUGGAAAUAAAUACUGAAACAGGUUUCUUAGAAGUGAGAUAUGAGCAUGAAGGAGCAGCAAAACACAAGCAAAUAUAUUUAAAAAAGGGAGACAAGUUUUUAAUUGGAAGAGAAAGAUCUAAAAACAAUUUUACAUUUAUGCAUUCUCAGUUAAUAUAUAAUUUAAAUAUUAGAUGCAACAAACUAAUGAGUGCAAGGCAUUUAGAAAUUAAUUAUGAUUAUAAUUUUAAGAUUGGGUCUGUAAAACUAAUGAUUAAUGAUCUAGAGAGUAAAAAUGGAACCUGGUUGAGAUUAAGUGAAAAAUAGCUAAAUAGUUCCCCUAUGUAAUUACAACAAGGAACUAAAUUUAAUUUAUCAUUUGAAAUUAUAUUCGAUGUAGUUGAAUUGGUUUGUGACGUCUGA